AUGUAUAGAAAUCUCACUACACGCAUCAACACUAUUGGUGUUCGAUACACACAUAAUAAUACAGCCAAGUCAGUACCUUCACCAAGAGGUCAAAUUACAGAUGUACAAACCUUUUUAAAGACUAUUGGACGCAACUGUGAAAGUUUUGCUGAUAAAUUCGAGACUUGGGAACAAUUGUUUACUACACCUAGUCGAGUGAUGAAAAAUGACAUGGGAAUUGACACAAAGUCAAGAAAGUAA